ACUAAUGUAUAAUUAACUGAACCUUUUGGACUAAAUCAGGUUUAGUGUUGAUGUUUGCUUAAUGCUGUUUCCAUAGGAUAUUUAUUGUUUUUUAUAAUGCAUGUUAAUCAAACGCUUACAAUUGUGUCAAAUCUAUUAUAUAAAGAAAUUCUCUGUUACAAGUAUUCAUAGAAUUUAAAGUGUACAUGUCAUGAAAGCUAUUUCAAAUGACAAAACGUCAUCAACUUCCCAAGUAGUCAUUACACCGAUUACAUUGACAACAGCAAUUCAUCCCAGUUCACCUGCUUCUAUACUACCAUCUAAAAUAGGUACAUUAAUACCAAAUCGUAUAUUUGUUGGAGGGAUUAAUUCAAAUACAACUGAAGAUGAGUUAAGAACAUUUUUCUCAACUUAUGGUACUAUUAAAGAUGUUAAAGUAAUUAAUGAUAAAUCUCGACAAUCAAAAGGCACUUAUGGCUUUGUCACAUUUGAAAAUCAGGAAACAGCUGAAUCAAUCAUUAAAAGUGAGGCUGAAUCAUUAAUGUUUAAAGAUAGAAAGCUGAAUAUUGGUUAUGCUGUGAGAAAACAAAAUGUACUUCCAAGACAAGAAAUGAGAAACACUUAUUUUCCGGCUCAUAGUGUUUGUUCUCCAACAAAUGGAUUAUCAUUCCUUCAAAUAUGUCCAUAUGACCAUUCAUUUAUCACUUUGAAUCAGCCCAUUAUAUAUUAUCCGACUACACCGACAACAGUGCUGUUACCGCAGUGCAGACCAACAGUUCAAGACGUAAAUUCAUUCAUGAAUGUGAACUACAAUAUCAACAAGCCAAAUAACUCAUUCCUUGUAAAUUCGAACUUACUGAAUAUGCCAGUCAGUAGUCAUUUUUGCACACAUAUAAUACCAGAUACAAAGCCCCAAAUGGAGACAGAAUUAGGAACUACAACAGCAUUGGUAUCAACUAUUACGCAGGAAAUGGUAACGGUGACAACAACAAUAAGUAAUUCAACACCUAAGGCUUCCACGUAUAAUCUUACAUCGAAAACAAUGAAACCGCUUUUGUGGCAAGAAACUUUUAAUGAACAACUCUGCAAAAUGGAUUCUAAGCCAUUAACAACUAGUUUGAAUCCAGACCAGCUGAACCUGACCAGAGCUAUUGGAACUAAAACUAAUGAACCGAAUAAUGAUCCACUUUCUAUAUUCUUAUCUCCCUUUGCUUAUGCACCUCCGUUAUCUUUAUCGACAACAUCAUCAUCAUUAAAGUCUACACUAUCAUCAUCUACAUCGACAAAGCCAACAAGCCAUUCAUCAAAAUCAACUCCAUUCAUAACGCCUUCAGCAUAUUCAGUCCCUAGAUUAAAUUCCCUCCAACAUCAACACACGUCAACAAAGUAUCCUUGUUUAUUUGUUAAGCCAGAAGAUGCAAUGAAGUGGAUGGAAAUGUCACAAAAACAAGCCCUUAACUAUCCAUUCAAUGAAACAAUGACAGAAAAUCUUGUUAAUGAUUGUGCAGUAGUUAACACUUCUCAAAGUGUUACCACAACCACGCUGAAGACUACUACUCCUACUGAUAAAAUAAGCUCUCAUAAUCCAGUCUUAUUAGAUACAUCAAAAUGUUGGGAUCAUAAAUUAUAUCAGUUCAAUCAUAGUCAAUAUAUACCAUUUCAUUCACAUCAAAUGUUGUCUACUCAAAUGAAAUCAUUUAUGGAACAACCGUCACAAAUCUCUUCAAACACUUUUAAAAUACAAACAGAUUUAACAAAUAUUAAUCAUGUAAAUGAUAAUGACAAUCAGUCUGGAUCACUUUUAAUGAGACUUUUACACUAUCCACAAAAUAAAUACAGACCAUUAAUUAAUAGUAGUGGUAAUAAAAACGACCAUGAUAACUGUGGAUCUGUUUAUUGCGCUAAUAACAAUAGUAGUAGUACAGAAAUAUUCACCCCAUGUAAUGAUUCAUGCAAUAUGAAAUUUAGCAAUAAAGAGUUACAAUCUACACAGCAUCAAAUCUUAUCCAAGAAUGACCUUAUUGAUUUGGACUGUACAAAACAAAUGUUGGACAAGAAUGCUGAUCUUAAGAAUCUUUUGACAGUCUCACCAAAUUCACCAGAGUGUUCAGAACCAGAAAUUGAAAUGAAUAUGUCACAUGGAGUAUUUCUACUAGGCAACAACUUUCUCAAUAAUAAGAAUUUUAAUGGAAUAAGUGAAAAGUACGAAAUGAGUUCACAAUCUCAUCUCAGGAAAGUAACCAGUGCGUAUAAUUAUACUGAGAAUGAACCAGACUGCUUUUGGGAACAAAAAUCCAACUACUUAAAAGCAUCAUUUAAGUCAGAAAACAUUGUCAGUGUAACCUCCAGUGUCAACGAUUUAAAUGAUUCAAGUUUAUCAGGCAGUUUUGAAAGAAACUGAAAGAAACAGUUUUAAUCUAAUGACCAAAACUAACAGCAAUUAUGAAAAUAAUUGUGAAUUUAAAUGGAAAAUUCAAUCCCUGUAUCACAAUAACAAAGAAUAUGCAUAAUGGUUAUACUUCGAAUUAAACUCAACAUCUAUCAGGAAAAGACAAAAUUAUAAUAAGAGCUGUUUAGAGUUUGACAUAUGGUUUAAACAAAAAUUUCAAAAAUCAAGGGAGAAAACUUACAAUCUCAUCAAUUAACUUCGAUAACAAACUCGAUAUCAUAAUAGUUUCUUAUUACCAAGAAAAAAAACUGUAUUUAAACAACUUUGAAAUUCUCGCCAGCUUUUUUGUGUUAAUAAUACUAAAAAAAGUGUAAUUGACAGUUGAAUAAUUUUUUGAGCAGUAACAACAAUGCUGUAUUGUAAAUUGUUGUGUGGAAAUAAAGUUUAGUUUUAUUAUUUUGUCAAUAUCAAACUUAUAUUUUUAUGCAAUUAGUUAUUUUUCAAUUCAUCAACACUAUUUUGUGAAGAACCACAUUCAUCGAAAUAUUAUGAGACAAAAGUGAUAUUAGAAAAUAAAAUUCCUUGAAAUAAAUAAACAAUUGAAAGGAGAAUGGGACAUUGCUUUGACUGAUCUUUUGUUUCCAGUUACUUUGAGUAUUUCGAUAUGUUCACUAUCACUGCUGAAAUACUUUGAUUAGACACAUUGCAGUAACAUCUAUCCAUUGACGAAUACCUGCUUCUCUUUACUUCUUUCUUUGGAUAAAGUAUAUCACAUAUAAAACGUAGUCGAAAGUUAAAAGUUAGUCUCUAUUUUAAAUGAAUAUGACUUUUGGCAAUAUAGAUGCUUAAAACCACUGGACGAAAUAUUGAUGCAAAUAUUGUGAAAAAAAUUCCUGUUCUCUUACAAUCUGAAGACACUUGGUUGAUGUCUACAUCAGAAAUUCCAGAGUACUCAACUAUUUCUAUUCUCAUUUUUAUAGAACUCUAUAGAGAAAAUAUUCAAAAUAUGCAUCAUGUAAAGUGCAUUAACUAAUAAAAAGACUGAUUGAGCGGAG